GUGUGGGCGGGACUUACGUAGAGCCCAGCAGCGGCCCUAAUGAGGGUGCCCCCCACCCACGCUCCUCUGAAGGGAUGCGCUACAUCUUCACCCUCCUACCGUUCCCGGCGGCGCCCAAUCCCACCUUCGCUCGCGCUCCGGGAGCCUGUGGAGCAGCCGGGAGGCGUGGCCUACCGGCGGCCCGCCCCUUUGAUGUGCUCCGACGCCGCUGUGAUUGGACAACCGCUUGUGACGUGCGGAGACUGCGGUGGGCUCCGGUGCUGCGGCAGCCGCAGCGCCAGCCGCGGCUCCGGCUCCGGCUCCCGGGUAUUUAAAGGGGACGCGGCGGCGGCCCGGGGGGAUGGGGGGCAAGUGGAGGGGACGGCCCAGACGCACAUCAUCCACGGCCCCUCCGGACUGGAGGGACUCGUGAGAGCCGAAGCCCAGAAAUCCGGGGGUGGAUAAGACACCGCAUCCCCUCCAAUUCCCGUAAGCACCCCUUGCUCCAUCCUGAGCCCAAAUACCCCAGCUAGCCCGUGUCCCCCUACUCUUCACACUCCAAACUCAGCCGGGACAGACCUCUGCCGCCGCCGCUUCCCACGUGAGUCCUGGACUCGCCGAGCCAGCUGGAAAAGCUCAGAGGUCCUGUCCCCCUUUCCUCUGAGAGACUCUAUUUGGUGACCACAAGAGGAUUCAGUCACUCAGGUGAAAGCUUCCAGAGGAGCUCUGGACCGACAGCUGGAGGCCAACAAUCCCUACAAGUGGUGCUCAGGGUGAUGUACUGACAAUGAGCGGGUGUUUUCCAGUUGCUGGCCUCCGAUGCCUGUCUAGGGUCUUCGAUGUGCCAGCAUCUCUGGCCGUGGCCCGCUAACCUGCCUCUCCCGGGCCGGCUCCUGCCGCGCCCCCUCUCGCUUGCUCCCUCCUCCUCCUGCUCCUCUCCCCCCUGCUCCCAGGACGGCGGGAUGGCUGCGCAGGGCUCGCCGCGCUUCCUCCUGACCUUCGACUUUGAUGAGACUAUCGUGGACGAAAACAGCGACGACUCGAUCGUGCGCGCGGCGCCGGGCCAGCGGCUCCCGGAGAGCCUGCGUGCCACCUACCGCGAGGGCUUCUACAACGAGUACAUGCAGCGCGUCUUCCAGUACUUGGGCGACCAGGGCGUGCGGCCGCGAGACCUGCGCGUGGUCUACGAGUCCAUCCCGCUGUCGCCCGGCAUGGGCGAACUGCUGCAGUUUGUGGCCAAGCAAGGUUCCUGCUUUGAGGUUAUUCUCAUCUCAGACGCCAACACCUUUGGCGUGGAGAGCGCGCUGCGCGCCGCCGGCCACCAAGGCCUGUUCCGCCGCAUCUUCAGCAACCCUUCCGGGCCCGACGCUCGGGGGCUGCUGGCGCUGCGGCCCUUCCACUCACACAGCUGCGCGCGCUGCCCCGCCAACAUGUGCAAGCACAAGGUGCUCAGCGACUACCUGCGCGAGCGGGCCCACGACGGCGUGCACUUCGAGCGCCUUUUCUACGUGGGCGACGGCGCCAACGACUUCUGUCCCAUGGGGCUGCUGGCCGGUGGCGAUGUGGCCUUCCCUCGCCGCGGCUACCCCAUGCACCGCCUUAUCCAGGAGGCACAGAAGGCUGAGCCCAGCUCCUUCCGCGCCAGCGUGGUACCCUGGGAAAAUGCCACCGAAGUGCGCCUCCAUCUGCAACAGGGGGCUGGAAAAUGGUGAACAGUAGAAAGGAAAGAGGAAGUCAACACCAGCUGGAAGAGAUUAUUAUUGGACUUGAAAACCGACCAACCAACCUCAGGCCCUCAUCCCAGACCUUCUAACCAGAAUCCCCUGGGCAUGCGGCCAGUGAAUCUGUACCUUUAAAAGCUCCUUAGGUGAUUCCUGAACUCCUGGCUUAGCUCUGAUCUGCAAGAUGGUGUUUGGGAACCAAUAAUUUGGUCCAUUUUAUAGAUAAGAAGCUGAAGCCCAGAAGGGGUAGAAUAAAGCAACUUCUAACUGUAGCCUAUAUAGUGAAAGUGUUAGUUGCCCAGUUGUGUCCAACUCUUUGUGACCCCGUGGACUAUAGCCCACCAGGCUUCUCUGUCUGUGGAAUUUUCCAGGCAAGAAUACUGGAGUGGGUUGCCAUUCCCUUCUCCAGGGACUCUUCCUGACCCAGGGAUCAAACCCAGGUCUCCCGCAUUGCAGGCGGACUCUUUACUGUCUGAGCCGCCAGGAAAGUGUAGCCUAUAUAACCACGGCCUAUAUAGGGUCCCACAAGGCUGGCUCCUGUUUUUCUCCUCACCUUCAUCCCCUUCCUCUCUCCCUCUCACUCAUGGUCCUCCAGCCACAUUGGCUACUGGGUCUCAGUUCCUGAUCAAGCUCAGAUUGCUUGUACCUCAGGGCCUUUGCACUUGUUAUUCUUCAGGUCUACAGAGACACUUGCCCUCACCACCCUAAGAUCUCCCCCAGCCCACCUCUGUAUUGACUCUGUAUUAGAUUUACUGUUUUCUUCAUAGCACUUAGUACCGUCUGAAAUUUUUUAUCUAUGUACUUUAUUAUCUAUUCCUCCACACACACACACACAUCCACACACACUAGAAUGUAAGCACUAUAAGGUCAGGGAGCUCAUCUGUUUUAUUCUGUAUCCUAUCCUGGAAUAGUUAGUGCCCGACAUACAGAUGAAACUUGAUGAAUAUGCAUUUGUGAAUUAAUCAGUGGGUUGAAUGCAAACCCAAACACUUGCUGGGCAUCUUCCUACUGCAUGCCCGGCACUGUGCCUGGUGCUGGCUAGGGCCACACUUCCAGGCAGUGGUGGUGGGGUGGACAGGGAGUGUCUGAAGACUGAAGAGGGUUUGCUUCUCUAGUCAUUUGGUUCCCCAGGCAGCUUCCUCAUCUCAAGUUGGAACACGAGGGUAGGGGCCAAUCCAGGGCAAGUCCGGGGAGAGGCCAGCAGACUGAUCAGUAAGGCUGCACCCUGAGGUCUCCUUGUUAAGGGCCCUCAGUUGUUCCCCAGGGCCUGUAGUGGAGAACAGACCUAGAACCUAUCUAAGCAGGGUGCUCAAAGAGACCUGGGAGCAUCCAGUGUAGCCCAAAUGAAACUUGAACCAAAAGGUGGGCCCAGAACCUUCUCCUCUCAGGUGCUUCUCCAUGCCUUUCUGUUCCAAUCGAGGCUAAGAAAUGCUUGUUUGCAUCUAAUUUACAUCUCAUCAGCAUACACAACUGAGUGCCUUGAAAAGGCAAAGAGAUCAAUCCAGAAAGAAUAACAGGUCUAAUUCUAGUUCAAGACUGUCCUUUAGUAGAUGAGGAAAUAAAGGCCCAAAAUGGAGCAGUGACUA